AUGAUUUGCGAUCCCGACUUUGCUCCAGGCAGCCAAAUGUGCUGGCACCAUCUGCGCAGCAGCCCACCCCUUCUGGGCGCUUCAAACUCAAUCCGUUCAGCCAAGGCCUCGGCCACCACCCGCAACACUACCGUCAUUCCCUUUGAUGCCAACGCUCAACUGGUCUCUGGCCUGCUCUCCUCCAACGUCUUUGUGGUCACCAAGGCUCUGCAGGCUGGGGCUGAUAUCAACCUCAAGCUGGCCGACACCCCCGCCUUUGAGUACCCUCUGGCCAUUGCCAUUGCUCAGUGCCUUUGCCCCCACUGGGUGAGCUUGGUCUGUGAUUACUAUCAGCCCAACACGGCCAAGCGCCACAAAACACUCGGCGUUCAGGAGUAUCGCGAUGAAGUCUUUGCCGUCUCUCGAUCGCAGUUGACUUCUCAGACACAAAUUAACCCUCUCCGCUGCCUCGAGCUCAUCUUGGCUGCUUCCGACCUCAACGUCGAUCAGUCCUUUCACAAUCAGGCCAUGCACGUGACCUCCCCGCUCCUCCUUGCCGUAUCCCACCGCGAUCUGGCGCUCGUCAAGCUGCUCCUCGACCACGGGGCUGCUGCGCAUACCACCACAGGCGAUGCCCUUGCCAUGGCCAUUGCGGCCGGUGAGAUGCUCAUGGCCGACGAGAUGCUGCGCCGCCUGCCCAGUCUCUUCACUGCCCCUUUGGCCUAUCAACAAAAGUGGCGCUCAACGUACACGCUCUGGCUCAACGCCGCUGCUCAGCUUGGCUUGCUGUCGACCGUCAUGCUCUGCUUGCGCCUUGGUGCCCCAGCCCUCCUGGACCGCAAAGUUUCAAGCAGCAUCGGCCUGCUGGCCUCACCCCGUGAGGGCUCGACUGAUCACUUGAUGGACUUGACACACAAGCUCGUCGACUGCUUUGCCGAGCAUGGUAGCCAAGCCAGCCUUCAGUGGAGCUGCUUUCUUCGCGCCGCGGAACAAGGUCUCCUGGCCUCCCCCGCCAUGCAGCGCAUGGUCACUCAAAUUCUCGGCGAUCGCCACAGCACAGCACAGCACAGCACAGCACAGCACAGCACAGGGUUGUUUUUGCAGGCGCAUGCCGGCCCCCAAGCUUUUGGCUGUUACAGUUGGGAGCUUGUUGCCAGCAAGGAGCUGUGGGAUCAAAGGGAGAUUGGACUUGGCCACUUUCGGCACCAGAGGGGGGUACACUCGGUGGUCAAGCGCCUGGCGGGGCUCACGCAGGGGACGCAUCCCCUGACGGGGUGGUGGGGCAUGGUCAACCUUCUAGAUAUGGCCCUGCACGGCGAGCUUCUUUACGCCUGCGAGGCGAGCAUCCUCCCCACGCCAGCCGUGAUCCCGCCCCUUGGAGAGCCCGUGACCCUCGAUGCGAACCAGCCGGGCCAAGUGUUAUUUGCCGGUGGAGGUCGCGUGACCAGCAGAUCUGCCCAGCGCGUCACGCCGCGGCAGGCCCGACACGCGCGCACACGCAACAACGCUGCCGCUGUUGCCACCAAAACUACGUAUGACGUCCAUAAUCUAUUGUGGGCCUGUGCUCAGCUGGGGCAACAACAGCAGCAACAGCAGCAGCAACAAGAAGCUCCGGACCAUGAGCUCGAGGGCGACGUAGCGGCAGAUGCACCCUUUGCCUUCUCCUUUCGGGCUCGCCUCCUACCUCAAGAUGCGCAGGCCUCAAAGCCGCAUUUGACUGAUGUUCCAGCUCCACCCCAUAUCUUAUUGCUCCAUAUCCAGUUUACCGGGCCCACCUUGACCUUGGGUCAGCAAGUGUGCCGCCGUCGCCUGUUGCCUGCGCUGCGCAUUCUUCUCACAGCCCUCAAUUCUUGGCGACUGUGCAACCGCCAUCAUUCAAAACCACUGGCUGUGCUUUGGGACGAGUUGCACAAACACCAGCCGUUGUCUCCAGACUCUGUCACCUUUGUACGAGCCCACCUGCUCGACCCGAGCGAGCACUGUAAUACCUUGAUCGACGUGUAUGCGCUCUCCCAAAAGGCGCACGUUGUCUUUGACGAGCCACAUCACAUCCUGCCCGCCUCGCUCGACCAGUCGUUCACGGAUGAGCCCCGCCUGGAUACGCUACCCGCGGAGAUUCUGCGACGCAUCGCAGCCUUCCUGCCCGCUCGUUCGCUCAAUGCCUUUCGCUGCACUUGCCGCGCUGCUUACCACGCCACGGAGGACUGGGUACCAGGCUUGCGAAACGUCAAACUCUUCCCCCACCAAAUCCGUAGUGUCAAGUGGAUGCGCGCCCGUGAAGCUGGUUUACACGGUCGCUUCGAUAGUCCACAACACAUGCCCGUGGCUGCUCGCUUUGUUCAACACCAGGAACGGCACGGAUGGCAGCAUAUUUUCUUCGUCGAUGCAGAGACUGGCAACGUCGAGCCCUCACCCGAAACCCGCCAGUCAUCUCGUGGCGGCCUACUCUGUGAUGAUCCCGCAGCCACCGAGACCGAUCCACUGCCGGCCGAGAAAUCGACCACAAAGCCGAGCACUUUGCGCAACUUGGCCUUUCGGCGCUUUAUGAAAGAGGAGGCACGAAUGCGCGGCAUUGAUGAACGUUUAUUUGACGAGCCCGUGGACCUGUCGCUCUAUCCAGACUACACCCAUACGGUUACUCGACCGAUCGCUGUGCGUAACAUUCGAGAUCGGCAUUACACAUCUUUUCAGGCUCUGUAUGAUGACCUUCAACUCAUGCUGGCCAAUGGCGCACAAUACAAUCACGGCACCCCGAUCCAAGAACUGUGUCUUGUGCUCCAGCAGCGCUUGCACGAACACAUCCUGUCUCUCCCGAUCGAUCGCCGCGCCCGCCGGCGCUCAGGCCGGGUCGACGUUCGGCCCAUGUACAACGCCACGCUCAUCAUAGCUCCAACCUUGGAUUUGGCCCGACACUGGGAGCACGAGAUUGAUGCCUACACUGCUGGCCCUCACGUGCUGGGUCGCACCUGCAUGCUUUUGAACACACGCGUGCUUCCAGAGACAUUUGAAGACUACGGCGUUGUCAUCACCACUUUGCACACAUUGAGCCGCGUGUGUAGCCUGCCACACCACUAUGACCUCUUUCAUCAACGUCGUUGGCACCGCAUUGUAGUGGAUGAAGGCCAUACGCUAGGCAAAGGAGUUCAAAGCCGAGCACGGGAGGCCAUUCAAAGCUUGGGUACGGAUCACAUGUGGAUCGUCUCUGGUACUCCAACGCCAGACUUGUUGGCCAGCAGCGGUAUCGACUUUAUUCGGGGAUUACUUAUUACCCUGCGAGAGCCUCCCUUUUGCGAGGGCAACACACGCAAUACAUUUCGCAACUUGCUGACACGGCCGUUUGAGCGCCAUUUGGCGACGGACAGCGUGUGGCGAUUGGCACAAAUGCUGCAGCGCUGCAUGGUGCGGCAUUCCAAGCUGGAAACGAUGCGCAACGUACCGCGGCCUGUCUGCGAGACGAUCCUUUUGCCGCUACAACAUCACGAGUGGCGCUCCUACAACACUUUGCUCUCAUUCUUACGCGGCAAUAUUGUCCUAACCUCACUCGUCGGCAAUGAGAUUUCCGGCAAGCAAGACUCCAUUUUGGAGAGCCCGCGGCACUUGCGGGAGGCCAUGGAGAACUUGCGCAUCAUUGCCAACGGCAUGUGGCUUUACGUGGUGCGCGUGACAGAUGUGAACGUUCGAGAGACCAAGGAGAUGAUGGAGGCGUUUGGGCUGAGUACUGAGCGCAUUGCUGCCUUUGAUACCUACAUCCACGAGCUGCGUGCCGGACGGACCUCGGUCGUUUGCCAGCAGUGCCACAUUGGUGUUCCAAUGUUGAUGGUUCUGCCGUGCUGUGGCUUGCUAGUGUGCUUUGAAUGCGUGCAAUCUGGGCGCUGCCCUUUUGGCUGUGCGCACUUUAAUGUGGACAACCUUCAGCGCUUACAGCCAGGUCUGGAGCUGAGUGACACGCGGGAACCAGCAGAGGUAGAGCACACCUUUCCCUUGGGCCACUAUCGACGCUGCCUGCCGCGAUUUGAGCAGGCCAUGCAAGCGCAGCGCGCUCAGGCCACGCCAGAGAGUAGCGAUCCACAAAACCCUUGGCAUGUGCUGGACAUGCAGCGUAUAUACGGACACGUCCUGCAGGGCAGCCAGGAUGGCGUGCGGUCAUCCCCCCACUUGCCCGUUGCUAGCGAGGGUCUGUUACCGGAUCUCAAAGCGGAGAACGUAGCCUUGGAGCAUAGCAAGGUGGCGCAUAUCGUCUUGAGCUUUGCCCAGCACGUGGCGCCCUUGGAGGAGCGGGCGCGCAAACUGGCACAACACGAGUAUAGCCAAUUACUCAUGCGGCGCGACCUGGAGGACCGGUUGGGUCAAGCCGAAGGAUCAGAUCUAUCAGGAGCGCGGGUUGCGAAUGGUGGCGUACUCGGGGCCGGUGUACCCGAGGCUAAACGGUUGAUGCGAGAGCAGCACAUGCCAUAUAAAGCGAUAGUUUAUUCGGCACAGCGCAAUACAUUGGACAACACGUACUUUCGGCUGCGCAGCUUCUUUGGUGACAAGGCCUGUGCCAUGUAUCGAAGCCAGCAGAAGGAUGUGCAUGAGAUUCGGCGCUUUCGCCAAGACGACCAGUGCGCCUUUCUAUGCUUGGCGCAGGAGGGAGCGGUGGGGUUGGACUUGCAUUUCGUGACCCACAUCUUUUUGUUGGAGGAACCCGUCGAUAAGUCCUUGGAGGCGCAGGUGAUUGCACGCGCCUGGCGAAUCGGUUGCAACCAGGUCGUUCACGUCCAGAAGUUGGUGAUGGCGGAGACGGUGGAUGACUUGCUCUGGCGCAUCAACUCAGGCCAGGACCCGGCGUUUGAGGAGGACAUGGCAGCCACCCAAGGGGAUCAAGACGCAGAAGAUGCCACGGAAUAUGAUGGUACAGAUGCGCGCAAAAGCACGGCGAAGAAGGAUCGACGCAAGUCCUCGACCGUGCGCACCUGGGCCUUGGAUGCUGUCAAGAGUCGAUACAUUCUCAGCCAUAUUGGCUUUGUGCGUCGUCCCGAAUUUCAGGCGCAGCAUCGUUUCUGA